GCAGUCGACCGUCUAAAACCGCGAAACACGUCCCGGCGUUCUCGAGGAAGAGGUAGUACGCGAGGCCGCCCGCCGUCGUGUGAGCCCAGCCGCGUGUGCCUCGCCGUUUUCUUUCCCGUGGUGUGUAUGUGCGCGACCUCGGCGAGGAUCCGAGGCCGUCCUCGGCCGCGCGUCUCGGCUACCCUUCCUCCUCGAUCAUGUUCCUUACCGUUCGCUCACACCUGAUAUCGAGACCGGACGACAGCACGAGCAGCCGGAUCGCGUGCGAGAUCAACCGCGCCGUCGUUCGCCGCGCCGCGACGAGCCUCGUGACGGCGUGCAUCAAUCGUGCGAAUCGAUCGAACGCCGGCGAUCCGAGGAGCCCGUGACCUUGAGAGAGUCGAGCCUGUGCAAGCGAGAUAUGCCAGAUUAGGGGGCAAUUAGCGCGCGUUAUCCGCCGGUGGCGCGCUAAUGGGGCACGCGCGGUACCCGCGGUUUAUCUUCUCGACGGAGGCACGAACGAUCCGCUGCUGCUCACGUUGAUGCUGCUGCUGCUGCUGGUGCUGCGCGAAUUCGUGAUGUUCUCACACAGUGGGUGUCGGGAAAGAGCGGGUAAACUCUAGAGUCUCGCACGAAAAUACGGCCAUGAGCGGAAAGCCGACGAGUGAGCACCCGAGAGAGGGAGUAUUCGAACUUUCGACGUUAUCCCCCCGAUUAUGUCACCGUUUUCUCCGCGCGUUGCUUUAAAUAUCGCGGCCGGGAGGGGACGCGUUGUGCCAAACGCCAUUCCGUCGGACAGAUAAGCGCGACGAAUGUCGAGUAAGUUUAAUUGAGCUUCACGAGGAGAUACGGCCGAGGAGAGGAAGUCGCAGUGGGCGGUUUUCUUCGGGAAUCGCCGAGGAUACAUGCAGGGUCGCUUGACUCGGGGGGAGUCAAGAUGAAAAGGCGCACGAGGAGAACCGGCGAGCGAGCGAGCGAAUCCAAGCGUAGCCGCCUGAUCGGGAACCUCGGGAUCGUCGUCUCGGGCAAUCGCGCGUCGUCGGGGUGAGAUCGCGCGUCGGCAGACGGUGGAGCAGCGUCGGUAGUGGCACGGCUGCGCACGGCGAAACAUGAACGACAGCGAGAUCUAUUUACUGAGCUGGGAAGACGAGGUACACGCAGCAAACAACGACGAUCUCGGCAGGAGCUUCUACAACGCGAGCUACCCGCCGUUCAACGGCACCUACGAGGAUCUCUGGAAACUCGCGACGGAUCGCGCCGGUCUCGCGAUCGUUCUCCUGUUCUUCUCCGUCGCCACAGUGUUCGGCAACACGCUCGUGAUAUUGGCGGUGUUCCGCGAGCGAUACCUGCACACGGCGACGAAUUACUUCGUAACCUCGUUGGCCUUCGCCGACUGUCUGGUCGGCCUGGUGGUGAUGCCGUUCAGCGCGGUCUACGAGGUGCUGGAGAACCGUUGGCUCUUCACGACCGACUGGUGCGACGUGUGGCGCUCGUUGGACGUUCUCUUCUCCACCGCGUCGAUCCUGAAUCUGUGCGUGAUCAGCCUGGACCGCUACUGGGCGAUCACCGAUCCGUUCACGUACCCGACGCGGAUGAGCCGGAAGCGGGCGGCCAUCCUGAUCGCGAUCGUGUGGAUCUGCUCGAGCGCGAUCUCCUUCCCCGCGAUCGCCUGGUGGCGGGCGGUGCGGACCGAGCAGGUGCCCGAGGACAAGUGCCCCUUCACGGAGAACCUCGGCUACCUGAUCUUCUCGUCGACAAUCAGCUUCUACCUGCCGCUCUUCGUCAUGGUCUUCACGUAUUACCGGAUCUACCGUGCCGCCGUGAUACAAACGAGGAGCCUCAAGCUCGGCACGAAGCAGGUGAUGAUGGCCUCGGGCGAGCUCGAGCUCACCCUGAGGAUACACCGGGGCGGCGGCACCAACACCGACGCCCGGCACCUGUUUCGCACGACCUCGAGCACGCCCGAGGAGCUGCAGGACCUCGAGGAGCCGUUGACCGCCCUCCACAACAACGGUCUCACCCGAGUGCCCUCCGCGAGGAUCAACAACAAGCAGCACCUCGGCAAGAAUUUCUCCCUGUCGCGCAAGCUCGCGAAAUUCGCCAAGGAGAAGAAGGCGGCGAAGACCCUGGGCAUCGUCAUGGGUGUCUUCAUCAUCUGCUGGCUGCCCUUCUUCGUCGUGAAUCUGUGGUCCGGUUUCUGCACGAGGUGCAUCUGGCAGGAAGAGAUAGUAUCCGCGGCCGUCACAUGGCUCGGUUGGAUUAAUAGUGGAAUGAAUCCCGUGAUAUACGCCUGCUGGAGCAGGGACUUCCGUAGAGCUUUCGUCAGAAUUCUAUGCGUUUGUUGUCCCAGACGAAUGAGACGGCGGUAUCAACCGGCAUUCAGAUGUAAACCGAGUCAGUAUAUUUCCGGAAUGGGGACGGGUGGACAGGCGAGUAACGUGAGCUACAGCAGCGUCAGUCAGAGCAGCGACGGCGGUGCGUGCACGGCCGGAAGUGGGCCCCCUAGCGGAGGUAUCUGACGUCACACAUCGGCCCGAUCAGGGCCGCGUCGAGAGCGGGCGAUCCGAUUCCGUGACGCGUGAUUGUAAGUCGCGCCCGAGAGAGCGAGGGAGAAGAGGGGAGGCAGGUUUCUCUCGCGCGAGGAAUCGAGGGAGGAAUCGAGGAGAUCCCGCAAGACUCGACACAUCGAUCACCGCGUCCCCGGCGAAAUAAUGCCGGGGCGGAAUUCUCCGGGCUCGGGAGAGCUGCAUUCGGGAAGGUGUGGUCCCCGGGAUGAAUAAAACCGCCGAACCGGACGUCAAGUCGACGUAGGUCGCGCAACGCUCGCGAGAACGCUGUGUGAGCGACGUGGGCAGACGACGUGGGAAGGCGAGGAGCCCGGGAACAUGAGGAGAAAACCGCGGAAAAAACGAAGCACGUACUUAGCGUACAGCGCUCUCGAACGCUCCCCCGCGAGAUUAAGGUUGCUCGUGUCGAACGUAAUCGCGAUUAAUCGACGAGAGGGAGAGGGAGAGAGAAAGAGAGAGACGAGCGAGUGUGACCUGUGAGUGUAUCGUGCGACUUCCCGCAGGAAGGAUGGCUAGAAGGGAAGAGGGGAGGAAGAAGUGAAUGAAAACGAAUGGGGGGCGUUUGUAAAAAUCAACGUGAUAUAUAAAAUAACCGGCCGGCGAGUCGUGAGACGCGACGGACGUGAGAGACCGAGAAACCUCUAGGUGUUUCCUCCGUGUUAGAUCGUACAGGGAAGAAGAAGGCGUCGCCCCUUUCACACGUGGAAUUGUUGAAUUACACGCGACCCCGCCGCCCGUGGACUGGUUGCAUCGGUGUGAAUCAUCGCUACCUCUGAAUCGAUCCAAUCGUCUUGGAGGCGUUUGUAUACCAUAGAAUAGAAUUACGACGUAAGGAAGAGGAACAGCGAAUCGCCAGUCCGCGCGAUUAAUCAUCCAAUACUAUUCGGCGCGACUCGAGUUAAUUGUGCGAGACCAAGCUAGACGCCGCCCGUGACAAAUUAGAUAAACUCGACGGGGCCUCCUCGUUAGCGGGAAAAGGGGGGGGGGAGGUAACAUAGUGUCAAACGUGAAGUUGCACGAUCGGAUCUAUACAAAUCGAUUAUACAAAUUAAGAUCGCGUCUCCUCUAUCUAUCUCUAUUUCUCGCUCUUUUCGCGACAAAACGCGCGCGCGCGCGCAGGUAGUUUCGCGAAAGGGAACAGGUCGUAGAUAUGAAUGUAUACGGGAAGAGAUAUGGGACAGCCCUUAAAGAUGGGAAAAAAAGUCGGAGAAGUUCUGCUUUUGACUUACGACCGCUGUGCUUAACGCGAUCGUGCGAGAUUUUUCUGAAUGGAAGGGCUCCCGAGCCCUUUUCUUUCAAAGCCCUCACCUUAUUAAACUUUCGCGGCAGCGCGUAGCGCGAUGUAUACUGGUCUGUCCGCUUCUUAUUUUAAUCCCACUUCAUUAUACGUCAAUUAACGCGCCGCGCGACUCCCCCUCCGCUGAGAUCAAUAGGAGUAUCGAGCAUUCCCGUCGUUAAAUAGAAAUGCGUAACGUUUAUCUCCUGUUGUAACAAAAAAAAUAAACUAUCCCCCUCCCAAUCUCGGUGGUCUCAAGUAUUCGUGAGUACUCAUAAAAGUAAUUAACAAAUGGCGCGUGUGCCGGGAUUGCUUGCAAAAGUAAGCGAGAAGUGAUUUCUAACUUCAAAGUAACUUGAAACUUCCGCGCGUUUUCAAACUUGCCUCGACGCGCUGUGAUACUUCUGUCGAGAGGGAGGGAGGGGAGGGGAGGGAAGGAGGCGAUAUCCCGUGCAAAUUAAGAGGAGAGAUCGCCCUGUAAACUCGCGAAACGUUAUUUUAUCGUUGAAAACAACUGAUUCAAUAUCUAUCCGUACAAUGACGACCUCGGCCACCGAAAACUCUUUCAACCUCUGACUUUCUUUCCCGUCGUUAACACACUUUGCGACGCGUGACUUAUUCGCUCUUCGCGUGGAACGUUUCCCGUAGAUACGAAAUGUCUCCCGACGAUAUCCGUUCGAAGCCGUGCUCGUAUUCGCGCUAGCGCCUCGCGACUAUAGAUUAACGCAUCGCGCGACUAAUCGUUUUAACGAGAGAGCCGUUUAACGCCUUAUCGAGGAAUUUUACGCUCUAGCGAGAUCCAGUCUAGUUGAUGAAUAUUUUGUUAAAGUUUAUAUAUUACGAUCGCAAGCGACCAAUUGAGCGAUUUUAGGCGGAUGCGAGCGAUAUAUAUCGGCAAGGUCUCGGCGCAAGAAGCCAUUACCAUUCGCGUCGGAAGCGGACGGCAAAACAAGGACAAAUCGUCUCUUUCAUUAUCGCCCGGCGAGGCGAGCGUUCCGAUCGUGGUGGCAUAUAUACACGUAUAUGUUACACAUGGAACCGACAAUGUUAUUAUUUUAGACGUCGAUCGAAUUCUACCGUACUAAUAGUGUCUCGUCAAUUCGCUACACACGUGCAGCCAGUGAACGAAAAUGCGUGAGGUUAUAUUUAAAUUCGACAAAAGUAGCGAACGCCUAAAAGAAUUUUACUUCUUCGAUACCGAAAUGUCUUCCUCUCUUCCUCUUUCUCUCUUUCUCUUUCUCUCUCUCUCUCUCUUCUUACGUGCCACCUAUCGUCCUUAACCGAUUCAAUCCCACUUUGAACUUCUUUUCAUGCAAGAAUCGGCAUUUCGCAGCGAAGAACUAACCAAAUUCUAGCGGGAGGGUUUCAUGAAAUAUCGCGUGACACACACGACAGGUCGAAAUAUAUCUCCCAGGUAGAGUGGAAAAUGAAGAUGACGUGAAGAUGACGUGAAAAUGAUGAGGAAAUGAUAGUAAAAUGAGUUUUAUAAUCAUUUUCUCAUCAUCCUGACGUCAUCUUGAUGUCAUUGUGAUUUUUUGUUCUACCCGGGAUACAACGUAACGUAUGAACAUAAAAAGAGAAAUCAAUGACAAAGUUGAGUAGUCGCUCUGUCACUUUUUUCAAGAACACUAGAGAAUAAAACUUUUCCUCCUUGGCUGUAAAUACCGUCUAUAAAUAAAUACAGAAAUAUUCUAAUAAAUAGGAAGAAUGUUACUUUUUAAUGGAUAUAGUCUUGUAUGUACAGAGGUACAGAGUCUAUCUAGAUUCGCAAGACUGCACCUCCGAAAACUGUG